UUCUUUUGGUCCGUCUGCCGUUCCCUCAUCCGACAUCUGAUGCUCCAGGUCUCUACCUUUGCUACACCAUAACGAAGUACUCUUUUAGGAAGCAUAUAUCUGAAGAUAUCCUAAGCAUCAUGGCAUCACUUGUUGAUCGUUUGUUCCCCCUCGAAGAGCUAGAAGCGCUUGGCAACAAAUGGCCCGAGAGUGCCAACAAGAGGAGGAAGCUCGAUGAUGGUGUCGGUCAAAGCCAACCUCGGCCAGUAGUGCUUCCCAGAAGACAGAACAGUGAAGGUACUGCUUUCCUUGAUCCAAGUCGCCCUCAGCCGUCUUCGUCAAGCUGGCGCAGACAUUCCUCGACCUACGGGUCUGUCGCCACUCACUCGACCGCUACGAAGAGAUCCAUGUCGAAUUCCUUACCCCGGGAUACUACAACAUGGACCUCGAGCGUCAACAGCAACGGCACUGCCGCAACCACAAACUCCUGGUUCCCGACAUUCAUUGAGCCUGCUCUCUUAAAGGUCUAUCUCCAGAAUCUCCAUCCCAAGGAUCGACCUCGCUAUUCUCUACCCGGCAGCCUCCGACGCGAUAUGCCACCUCCAGAGUCAAAACGUACAAUGGCCAGCCACCACGACAACGAAGACAGCGCGUCUUCUCCUGGCUCGUUGAUAACGGAUGCUUCCUCUCCACACUCUUUGGGCGAGCGAUGCGCGACGCCGCCGACUGGGAUCUUUGAAACGCUUCGCGCUGGCCCGUUCAGCCAUUUGAUUGAUGGACUGCGUUUGACCGAACACGAACGCGGCUUCAUGCAUGAUAUGCUAAACCCAGCUCCGCAGCUGGCAUCGAUGUCUAUGCCAGAUUCCACCACGAAACGGAAAGCGACAGAAAUCGAGGCAGAUGUUGCGCCUGAAGACUAUUAUCACGUCGAUAAUAGCCUGCUCCAGAAGAUAUUUCCACAGUCUGGCGCCGAGAUGCAGCCUCUGUCGGGAUAUGAAUACGCAGAAACGACAAACGCCGACAGAGAUAACGAUGUACAUUCUUCCUGUCUGAGUCCGGCCGCCGAGGAGGAAGACUACGAAACUCCUGCCGGUAUCAUUAUGCCUACGCACGCUCCUUUGAGUGUGGAUGACUUUUUCGAUCUAGACGAAGCAGCUGAAGCGCCUUCACCACUGGUAAUAUGAGACUAUGAAAUUGUUCAUUUUGCGUUGCCUUGCCACUUGGUGGCACCUAUGUUAUGCUCGGCGGCAGUCUAUGCUUUGACGGAAGGGCAAAAAUACAUUUCACGGUUGAUACUCCGUACAGGUCAUUGAAAAGCAUUGAGGGGCUUUGGAGCCAGGACUACCACAGUAAAGCAGAUAAUGAAAUUGCACACAAG